AUGAGCGACGCUCCUCCUGCCAUUGAUGGAUUCGAGCCGACCGUGAUCGUUGAAGAGACGGGCACGGAGCGGCUUUGGCGUCGUAUGCGUGAGGAUCCUCUCACGCCCAUCGGCUCCGUUCUCACUACUAUUGCUUUGACGUACGCCAGUAUCCAGCUGCGCAAAGGCAACCGUGACAAGUUCCAAAGUGCACUUCGCUGGCGUGUAGGUUUCCAAGCGAUCACUGUCGCUGCGGCUGCUGCGAGUCUGUUCUAUCUCAAGCGGCCCAAGUCUCGCGUACCGCCGCCGGGGCCGGACGGCAAGCCACAGAAACUCGAGCCAUGGAACCCAGAAAAAGCGGAGGCGCGUGAGCGUGCGAGCGACGAUGAGCAUCGUGCACGGAUUUCUCAUGCGCAAUCACGCGAUGCGCGUGAAGAUAGUGCUGUGCGUCGUAUGAUUGAAGAAGCGAUCAAGAAACGCGAGGCUGAAGAAGCGGCGGCUGCGGAAGCCAAGAAGAAGGAGGCGGCGGCUGCGACACCUUCGCCUGAUGCGCAGCCUGUAGACGAAACGGUGCGAGAGCGCGUGCAUCGUCUUAUUCCUCGUCUCGGUCAGGAGAAGCGGUCUUGGACUUUCACGCAGUCGUAA